AUGGCUGAUACAUAUUCCUUAACAUUCAUUGCACAUGGUCCUGCUUUGACCAAUGAAGAUCAACAACAAAUAGAGAAGUUUGCAACUGUCACAGCGAACUUGCAGAUCCUUGGGAAACAUGAGCUCUCGAAAAACAGAGUCAUAGAUUUUGAGGUAUCUACUACAACGCCAGAUUUGGUCCAGAGGUUGAUCAGCAAUGAAAAUGAUAGGCUCAAACCUGCUUAUGAUACUUUCUUUCAGAAAACUUCCGAUAGACAAGACAAGAAAUUAUUUAUCUUUGACAUGGACUCGACUUUGAUCUAUCAAGAGGUGAUCGAGUUGAUCGCAGCAUACGCCAACAUCGAAGACAAGGUCGCCGAAAUCACCGAAAGAGCUAUGAAUGGCGAGUUAGACUUUAACGAUUCUUUGCGUGAACGUGUGCUUCUCUUAAAAGGAAUCGACGCAUCUACGCUAUGGGACGAGUUGAAGCUUAAGCUUCAGAUCACCAAUGGUGCCAGGGAACUUUGCAAAGCUUUGAAAAAAUUGGGGGUAGUCAUGGGAGUUUGUUCUGGUGGCUUUACUCCAUUGGCCUCUUUCAUUAAAGAACAGCUUGGAUUGGACUAUGCCUAUGCCAACAACUUAGGUGUGGAUGAUUCCAAUAAGUUGGAUGGUACCACCUUUGGACCAGUUGUUAAUGGUGACAUGAAGGCACAAUUAUUGCAAGACAUUGCUGCAAAGCAUGACAUUGACACGAACUCUGCCGUUGCCGUGGGUGAUGGUGCCAAUGACUUGAAAAUGAUGAGUGUGGCUGGUUGGGGUGUUGCUUGGAACGCCAAACCUAAGGUCCAGAAGGAGGCACCUUGCUGCCUCAAUACUAAGUCAUUGCAGGACAUUUUGUACAUCAUGGGCUUCGAUGAUGAGUCCAUUAAAAAGCUUAUAGAGUAA